AUGUUCCGGAUACCGCGAAGCCAAGGGCUAAUGCCAAGAAAUAAGGAGUUGGAGGGGGUUAUCCAAUCGCUCAAGUCUAUCGAGCGUCAUUUCAACAGAUGGUAUCAUUACUUAUACGUCUUUCUCAACGACGGCGACUUCAACUCAACUUUCAAGGAGACCGUCCAGAACCAUACCAGUUCGUCAGUAGAGUUUGGGAAAAUCGACUCGAGCAUGUGGGGCUUCCCGGAUUGGAUAGAUCCAAGGGUUGCGAAGGAGGGAAUUGCAAAGCAAGGCGACGCCGCAAUUAUGUAUGGUGGCAUGGAGAGCUACCAUUCCAUGUGCAGAUACUACUCUGGAUUCUUUUACAAGCAUGAAUUGCUGCAAAACUAUGAGUGGUACUGGCGCCUUGAGCUAGAGAUCAAGUACUUCUGUGAUAUCACUUAUGACCCGUUCCAAAAGAUGAUCGAAAAUAACAAGACAUACGGGUUUACCAUCGCCGUGAAGGAAUUGAAGGAGACUGUUCCCAAUAUCUUCCGAUAUGCAUCUGCGUAUAUGAGAACUAACAACAUCAAGUCCAAGAGGCUCUGGGAGAUGUUCGUCGAGCCUGACCUAGAGGGACCGAAGAAGAAACGCCCAGAAGAUACGCUAGGCUACAAGCCUCCAAUUCCAGAACCGAUUCUCCGCAAGGGCUCAUCACUACCUGAUGUUGACCCCGAAGCCAUGGAAGGCGAGAAAUACAACAUGUGCCAUUUCUGGUCGAAUUUCGAGAUUGCAAGCCUCAGCUGGUUCAGGAGCGAGGAGUACGAGGACUUCUUUCAGAUGAUGGACCGCAGCGGCGGUUUCUGGAUGGAGAGGUGGGGCGACGCACCUAUCCACUCCCUGGCCGCUGGCGCCCUCCUUUCCCCGAGCCAAGUCCAUUAUUUCCGCGACUUCGGGUACCGCCACACGACUAUCCAGCACUGCCCUGCCAAUGCGCCAGCAAGACGAGUACUGGGACAGCUGGGACGACCCGAAGGAGAACGGCGUCGGAUGCCGAUGCCGCUGCGAUACGGCCAUUGUGGAUGUGGAAGGGAAGGAGGAAAGCUGCAUGGCCGAGUGGGUCGAUGUUGCGGGUGGAUGGGCGAGUCCUUGAUUGGCUUUGGGGUAGCAUGCAGGCGGUUUAUAUUCAUGGAAAUAUGCUUAUUAGCAUAG